GCAGCGGUCCGCGAGAAUUCUGUAAUGUGAACGCGACUGGCUUGUUUUAAUUCGAUGAAGUCAGCGCAUUGUUAGAACGCUGAGUGCGAUAGUAAAUUGUACUAAUUGAGCAUGGCGCUGCCUGCUGACAUAACAGUAGCCUCAUCAAUUUCUAUGCAGUAGUAGCUAUGUUGUACGCAGUCCACUUAUUUUCCCAGUGAAGCAGGUGUACGAUUCUAUACGGGCUCGACGCUCAACUAUCAUUUAAAACUAGGUAUAUGUACAAUGCGAAUGUGUGUGUAAAGUGUCUACAAAUAGUGCAAAAGGAGUUCGAUGCAAUGAUCUCUGUUGUAUCAAUAAUUUUUCCAGAUUAUGGGCCACUGAAAAGGUAUAAAUAUUAAGUUAUUAAAUAUCGGACAUGGAUCCAAUACUAGAAAAUGAAUCUGCAACAACGGAUACUCCUUCAAAAUAUGGGAAGAAACAUAAACACAAAAAGAAAAAAGGUGAUGCACAAAAAGAUUGUCAAACAGUUGUUGGAGGGAAAAAGAAGUUUGUUGUUACAACCUUAUCGACAUCAGACGAUAAAGAUGUUCCAUCUACUAGUAUAGCGUCAAAUAACGUGCAUACUGUACAUUUUGGAACUCGUGGUGUCGAAUCACAAAGACCUCACAUAAGGUCUAUUUUCAAAGAUAGAUCUGCUCAAUCAUCAAGACCAUCAAGUACUGAAAGAGAUUCCACUGAAACAAAAGAGUAUGAAACUUUUCAUGGAACGUCAUCUAGUCCACGUAGCUCUAUUUUUGACAUAUUUCGAUUAAGAAGAAAAAGUGAUGCAAAAAAAUACCAGUCUAAACCUAUAAAACAAACGGAAACUCAAGAAGCUCCAGCAGAGGAACAGAGUACUAGUGAAUCAAAAGAUUCUCAUAAGAAGUAUUAUCAUACAGUAACAGGAGUUUCAACUCGAAAAUCUAGUCCUAUUACAAGGAUAAUGGAUAUUUUUAUUAAGACAAAGCCCCAAACUGAAAAUAACCAGCCUACAUCUGAUCAAGUAAAAAAGAAAAAUCGUCGAUCUUCCAUAGAGACUACAUCUCCUACUUAUCACAAAAAUUCAUAUGCAUUAUGGGACCCCACACAAGCAAAACAAUUAUUUAGAGAAGUUAGGGGUCUUCCUAAAUACGAUCCUUAUUUGUCAAUAGUUCAAAUAUCAAUCGGAGGUAGGGAUAAAACUAUAUUAUUGUUGAAUUUUUUUAAGUACCACAAAUGUUAUGAAAUUUUGCCCAAAUCAGCUAAAGUCAUUAUAUUUGAUACUCAAUUUUUAGUAAGAAAGACAUUUCCUACGUUAAUUUCACAUGGCAUUCGAUCUGCCCCACUUUGGGAUGCUAAUAAAAAAUUACUCGUCGGUAUGAUUACAGUAACUGAUUUUAUACGUAUACUUCUGCAUCUUGAUGCUGAAAAUUUAUCAGUGGAGGAUUUAGAGCGACAUACGCUACAUAACUGGAGAAAAAUAUUGCGAUCAACUAGAAAAAAUCUAUGUAGCGUAGGUCCCGAUCAAUCUUUACAUGAUGCUAUAAAUUUACUCAAUAAAAAUCGUAUUCACCGUCUUUUAAUGAUAGACCCACAGUCUGGUGAUGUAUUGUACAUACUAUCUCAUAAGAGAAUUUUAAGAUUUCUAUUUGUGUAUCUAAAUGAAUUUCCAGAAUUAACAUUCUUUCACAAAAAAUUAUCAGAUUUAAAAAUCGGUACAUACGAUGAGAUUGUAUCUGUGACAGAUAAUACUACUAUUAAAACAGCAUUUCAAUUAUUGCUAGAUAAAGAUAUUUCAGCUUUACCAGUUUUAGAUAAUAAUGGUAUUCUUAUUGAUGUCUACGCUAAAUAUGAGGUAUUGAAUUUAGUAAGUGAAAAGCUUUACGCAAAUUUGUCUUUGACUAUUGGUGAAGUAAGAAACAAGAAAAAAGACUGGGAAGAAAAGUUACAAAAAUGUCUUUCGAGUAUUACUUUAUAUGAGGCCUUAGAAGUUAUAGUUAGAACUGAGAGUCAUCGAUUAUUAUUAGUAAAUAAGGAAGAUAAACUUGUAGGGAUUGUUUCCUUGUCAGAUAUUUUAGUAUAUUUAAAUAGAAUAAUACCAACUGAGAAAAAGGCAUCGACGUUACAAGAAAUCUUUAAGCCACUUGAAGAAAAUAAAGUAGCUGAAUCGCCAAGAGAAACGGAGAACGAAGUAAUAACAAUUGAUGUACCAAAUAUAAAAGUAGAUAAGAGCAAUGUACCUGAAACUGAUGAAAUAACUUCUGAAUCAAAUAAUGAUGUAAAUAUUGUAUCAAACCAAAAUAUUAAUAAUGAAAUUAAUGAAUUGGAAAAUAUUGAUGUGAAUGUAAAUGAUAGGAAAUUAGGUGAAAGCGUGGAUGAUAAUUUGAGUAUAGAUCCUGCCAUAGUCCCUUCUGCGACGGAUGAAGACACUGAUAAAGAUAUUGUGAAUAAUUAGAUCAAUUUUUAAUCCAAAGAAAUUGUGAUAGGUGAAAUCGCCGAAUCCGUAUAUUAAUCUCAAAUAUGCUUUCGCUUUUAUUGAUAUUGUAAUUUAACAUCGUUAAUAGUGCAUCAAAUACCACGUGAUUGCCUUAUUCAUUAUUUAACUCAUAAUUAAACGUUGCUGAAACUCAAUAAAAUAUUUUAGCAGCA